CACGAGGCGAGGUUUAAGAGCGGAUGUUGGAGCUGACGGACACCAACAACAUCGCCUACUUGUUCCUCUCGGCCGCCAACAGAUGGCUGGAGGUCAGGACGGAUUACCUGGGUGCCUGCAUCGUGCUCACGGCCUCCCUGGCCUCCAUCAGCCGGCCCUUCAACUCCGGCCUCGUGGGCCUGGGGCUCCUCUAUGCCCUCACGAUCACCAAUUACCUGAACUGGGUGGUGAGGAACUUGGCCGACCUGGAGGUGCAGAUGGGCGCCGUGAAGAAAGUGAACAGCUUCCUGUCCAUGGAGUCAGAGAACUACGAAGGCACCAUGGAUCCUUCGCAGGUGCCGGAGCACUGGCCACAGGAAGGGGAGAUCAAGAUUCACGACCUGUGCGUCCGCUAUGAGAAUAAUCUCAAGCCCGUUCUGAAACACGUCCAGGCUUACAUCAAGCCCGGGCAGAAGGUGGGCAUCUGCGGCCGCACGGGCAGCGGGAAAUCGUCUUUAUCCCUGGCCUUCUUCAGAAUGGUUGAUAUAUUUGACGGGAAGAUCGUGAUCGACGGCAUCGACAUCUCCAGGCUGCCGCUGCACACGCUGCGCUCGCGCCUCUCCAUCAUCCUCCAGGACCCCAUUCUGUUCAGCGGCUCCAUCCGGUUUAACCUAGACCCCGAGUGCAAAUGUACGGAUGACAGGCUGUGGGAGGCGCUGGAGAUCGCGCAGCUCAAGAACAUGGUCAAGUCUCUGCCGGGGGGCCUAGACGCCACGGUCACGGAGGGUGGGGAGAACUUCAGCGUGGGGCAGCGGCAGCUGUUCUGCCUGGCCAGGGCCUUCGUCAGGAAGAGCAGCAUCCUCAUCAUGGACGAAGCCACCGCCUCCAUCGACAUGGCCACGGAAAAUAUUCUUCAGAAAGUGGUGAUGACGGCUUUCUCGGAUCGCACGGUCGUGACGAUUGCGCACCGCGUUCACACCAUUCUCACCGCCGACCUGGUGAUCGUGAUGAAGCGUGGCAAUAUUCUAGAAUAUGACACCCCGGAACGGCUCUUGGCCAGGGAAGACAGCGUGUUUACGUCCUUCGUGCGAGCUGAUAUGUGAAGUGCGGGCUUAGGAGGAAGAGAUGAAUAUUGCAGACAGCGCCGCCGUAACCUGAUUAACGGCUCAUUCGCUUGGGAGGCACCAAACCUCUGCACAUUUGUGCGCAGGAAGCUGUGUGUGUGUGUGUGUGUGUGUGUGUGUGUGUGUGUGUGUGUGUGUGUGCACGCGCCAUGACCGGUGCUUGAAGUCAGGGGCCUCUUGCUCUUGAUUAUUCGCUCCACACUGGCGCUCUACCACCUGCACCACACCUUGUGGCUUUUUGCUGGUUCAUUGGAGAGAAGAGUCUCUCAGAGUUUUGUCUUCUCGGGCUGGCGUCCAACUGAGAUCCUCAAAGCUGGGCCUGCUGAGGAGCUGGGAUUAUAGGCGUGUGCCACUGAGUUGAUAUUUCCUGUUUUGCUUUUUGUCUUUUUCAAGAUAUUACCACCUUAGCGCCAUUAUAUUUCCUAGAACCCAAGCCACUAUACGUGUAAGGAUCACAGACUGCAUUAGGCACUUGUAAGUUACUUGGAUGAAGUCAACGGCUGAUGCUUAUCCAUUACUCUAAUUCUGUCAAAUAUCUUCCAAGUCUAUAAUGUGCACACACUACCAUUAAACUCUUCCUUGUACAAAUAAAUUCUUUUUUUUUUUUUGGCCAAGUUUGUUGUACCUGAAAGAAAAUGAAACAAGGACAUGUUUUCUAGUGAAAAGCUCCAACUCCUUACCUGCUUCAUGGAAAUAUUUUGUUGUAUUCAUUCACUUCACCCUUAUAGAUUUUUUUGGUCAGUGGUGGGUCUUGAACUCAGGGCCUGGGC